UGCUGUUUAAAUAAUGUUUGGUUGGUUAAAUGAAUGGUUGGUUUGUUGUUGUUGUUGUUGUUGGUUAUUUUGGGCGUUGUGGAUGGACAAUUUAUGCGUAUAUGUCUGUAUGGAAUUUGUCAUUCGAUUAUAUAAUUGAACGCGAAACGUUUAUAAUAACUCUAAUGGGACGACAAAAAGAUGUAUCAAAAAUUGUUUUCGUUCAAAACGAAACUAUUCGAUCACAAACAUCGAAUGAAAAUAUUGAAAAAACGACGGCGAUUACGACAACAACCACGAAUAAAAAUUCAAUGUCGACAAUAAUAUCGAUUGAUGAUAAUGAUUCGAAUCUAAAUCGAAACAUUAUUCAAUCAUCAAAUCAAUCAUUAAUAAUGGGAAAAGAAUCGAACAAUAUUAUCAUAAUGAAUUCAUCAUCGGAUUCAAUGAAUUUACCAAUUUGUCGAAUUUGUCAUUGUUCGAAUGAAGAUUUGGCCGAAACUUUAUCAUUAUCAUCGAAAAAUAUGAAAGAUUUAAAAUUAAAUUUUAAUUAUUGUGAUACAGAUAUUAAAAAACAAUUUGAUGAUCCAUUUUUUUUAAUAACACCAUGUUAUUGUACAGGUACAUUACAAUAUGUACAUCAUAAUUGUUUACAACAUUGGAUUCGUUCAUCUAAUCAUCGUUAUUGUGAACUUUGUAAAUAUAAUUUUAAACUUAAAACCAAAAAUAAACCAUUAUUACAGUGGAAAUGUCUAAAUAUGACCAAUAGUGAACGACGUAAACUUUUUCUACAUGUUUCUUUUAAUCUGAUAUCAAUGAUCUGUGUAUUUUGGUCAAUAUGGGUGAUUGCUGAACGUGCAUCAUUAGAAAUAUCGAAUCGUCUUGGUUGGAAAUUCUGGAUCAAAAUGGUGGUAAUUACCAUUGGUCUUAUUUGUGGUAUUAUAUUUAUUGUAUUUCAAUUACGAUUAUAUUUUUCAAUAUUUUCACGUUGGAAACAAUAUAAUCAGAUUGUUAUCAUCGAAAACGUGGGCAAUAAAUCCGAACAACAACAGCAACAACAAUUUGAUGAUUUAAUAACAACAGAAAAUGAACAAAGAAUAAAUAAUGAAAAAUGAAUAAUAAUAACAAAAAAUCAUUGAA